AUGGCUUCGACUUCUCGAUACGAAAGCGAAUUCGAGGCAAUCGUAAACAAUCACAACGAUUUAGAGAGGGAUCCAACACAGCAGUUCAUAAGGUUCAACAAAGUCAUAGCAAUCGGAGCCUCGAAGAAAGUAUACCAAGGAUUAGACACAUACAGCGGCAUCAAAAUUGCUUGGACUAAAAUCGAAGUUGGAGAAAUCACUGAAGAAGAAUCAAACAACCGUUGUAAACAAGCUGAAAUGUUACAGUCAUUAAACCAUCAAAACAUACUGAAAUGUUACACUUUCUGGUAUGAUGGAAGACAAUUCAUUAACAUUAUUACUGAACUUUGUUCUUCUGGUAAUCUGAGGGACUACAUUCAGAAACAUGACCUGUUUCACUGUGAUUCUGCAAUCAAGAACUGGUGUCGACAGAUUUUAACCGCGUUACAUUAUGUUCACAACAACAACAUCAUACACCAUGAUGUUAGUAUUACUAAUAUCCUGGUUAAUGGGGACUCAGGCACGGUGAAGCUAGCUGAUUUUGGUGCCGCGGUCUAUAAAGAAGCCGAGUAUGUUAACAGCCCGAGUGCUGGUACACCAGAGUACAUAGCACCAGAGAUUGUAAGAGGUAAAAUGUAUAAUCAGUUGGUUGACAUACAUUCUUUUGGGAUGACUGUGGUACAAAUGGUGACUAAGGACACAAUAUACUGCGAAUACGAGGGGGUUAAUUACUCAAAGGAUGUUAUUGCAGCAAUUGAGGCCAGUUUUUUUCCUGUUGCAUUGAGUAAAGUGGCUGAUCAUGAUCCUCAACUUUUAAACUUCAUUCAAAAGUGUGUUGUUCCUGCUUCUCUGAGACCCGCCGCAGUUCGACUCCUUAGAGAGCCGUAUCUUGUAGCGACCGCGACUAGUGAGCCUGAUCGAAGCCAAGAUAAGCCAUCAUCACCAGGCCGACCAUCAAUCAGUCAAUCACAAGUAAACUUACAACCAACCUUCAUGUUUCUACUAGCAUUGUUUCUUGCAACGUUUUCUCUUCUCUACUUUCUUGCAACAAAAUCAUCAAAGAAUGGAGGGCAAUCACGGUGGUUAGAUCCCCGGCCUCCUGGCCCGAAAGGGCUCCCCUUCCUUGGCAACCUCCACCAAUUUCAUCCACUAAAAACUCACUUAUACUUCUUUAAACUUUCCAAAUUUUACGGUCCCCUAGUAUACUUGAAACUAGGCUUUGUGCCAACAAUUGUGAUUUCUUCACCAAAUUUGGCCAAAGAAGUGCUAAAAACACAAGAUCAUGUGUUUUGUAGUAGGCCAACUUUUGUUGGCCAACAAAAAUUGUCUUACAAUGGUUUCGAUUUGGCUUUUUCACCCUAUAAUGAAUAUUGGAGGGAAAUGAGGAAAAUUUGUGUCAUAAAUCUAUUCAGUUCCAAGAGAGUACAAUCAUUUUCUUCAAUUCGAGAAGUGGAAGUUUAUCGAAUGAUGUGUAUCAUUUCUUCACUCUCCUCGGAGUCUAAGCUCGUGGAUUUGAGUGAAUUGCUAAUGUCUCUGGCAAGCUCGAUAAUAUGUAGGAUUUGUUUUCAAAAGGGCAACAAAGAUAAUGAAAGAGCUAAUGAAUUUUCGACGAGUAGAUUCCAAGGCCUACUUCAUGAGACUCAAGCCAUGUUAACAGCCUUCUUUUUUUCGGAUUAUUUACCUUACAUGGGUUGGGUUGACAAGAUAAAUGGAGCUUCAAGCAAACUUGAGAAAGUAUUUUGGGAGUUAGAUGAGUUUUGUCGAGAAAUUAUAAGUACGCGUCUUGACUCACAUAAGCAAAAAUCAGAGCAACAACAGGACAUUGUUGAUGUAUUACUUCAACUUCUCGAAGAAUACAAGGUGCCAUUUGAUCUUACAUUGGAUCAUAUCAAAGCAUUACUUAUGAACAUAUUUGUAGCAGGAACGGAUACAAAUGCAGCCACGGUGGUUUGGGCGAUGACAGAGCUAAUGAAAAACCCACAGGUCAUGAAGAAAGUGCAAGAAGAGGUCAGAAACCUGAUUAAAGAGCAAGAAUGUAGCGCGACUUUAAUACAAGAAGAACAACUUCAUCAUCUCAUCUAUCUGAAGGCGGUUGUUAAAGAAACAUUUAGACUACACCCACCAAGUCCGCUCUUGGUUCCUAGACAAACUAUGCAAAAAUGCACCUUAGGAGGAUACCAUAUUGAUCCCGGAACAUUAGUUUUUGUCAAUGCUUGGGCUAUCGGAAGGGACCCUGAAAGCUGGGAUAACCCGGAAAAUUUUCUUCCUGAAAGAUUUCUGGGAAGUUCUAUUGAUUACAAAGGACAAGAUUUCAAGCUAAUACCAUUUGGAGGAGGGCGAAGAGGUUGCCCUGGUAUGCUGCUAGGAGUUACUACAAUUGAACUAGCACUUGCGAAUUUGCUGUGUUUCUUUGACUGGGAAUUGCCUGCUUCAAUGAAGAAGGAAGAUAUUGACAUGGAUAAUUUACCUGGUAUCACUGCUCAUAAGAAAAAAGCCUCGUGUCUUAGUGCUACAAAUUUCAUUGGCCUGCAAUAGAUGCAACAUCAUUAGCAUUGAAUUUUCGAUAUUUUGAAGAUUGAAUGAAGAUGUAUCACCAUGUUUGUUACUGUAAAGAUUGUGAGAAAUCUAAGUUCACUCCUAAAUGAUCUCU